AUUUGGGUCAUCAUAGGUGUGCCACCUCCCUCCCCUGGCCCGCAGGGGGGAUUAUGGCGUCACUUGGGGCCCCUGGGGGGGUGUUAUAAAGCCCCUGUUCGGCCCUCUCCCCUCCGUCAGAGAGGCUAAAAAGUCCACAGGACACUUUAUCCCUGUAUACUCCAGAACCACCCCCGCAGCAUCGAUGAACACCUCAUCUUGAUAGCUAUUCUGAAAUCCACACCCAAACACAAACUCCCCUAUGUCCUCACAAGAGGCAGCCAGUGGAGACAAGCAAGCACAGCUGAGUUGAUGUUUGACUACCAACUCACGAUCGUCCAUAGCAUAGAGCUAGAUCUGUUGUUGGGUGGAUUCCUGUGUUGACUUUCAAAAAGAAAAUUGUCUUCAAACUAAUUGGCUCUCAGAGACAGCAUACAGGACAGACCAGAUAGCUGGGAAAUCUUUUUUUUUUUUGCAUCUGAGAAAUUAUUAAAGGAGAAUCCAGGCUUUUCUAGAACAACUUUUUUCCCCUCAAGAACAAUUUCUAUUCUGAGGAACAUCCAGUGAGCAGCCAUUAUGUGGGAGUUCCGGUCCAUGACGUUUUGGCGGGCGGUCUUCGCCGAGUUCUUCGGGACCAUGUUCUUUGUGUUUUUCGGCUUGGGCGCCGCACUUCGCUGGACCACUGGGCCUUACCACGUACUGCAUGUGGCCAUGUGCUUCGGCUUUGCGGCUGCCACCAUGAUCCAGUCUAUCGGUCACAUCAGUGGAGGCCACAUCAACCCAGCCGUCACCUUCGCCUACCUGGUGGGCUCCCAGAUGUCCCUGUUCCGUGCCUUUUUCUACUGGGCUGCCCAGUGCCUGGGGGCCGUUGCCGGGGCCGCUGUACUCUAUGGUGUCACCCCAAACAACAUGAGGGGCAACAUGGCCCUGAACACGCUGCAGCCCGGCAUCAGUCUUGGCAUGGGCACCACAGUGGAGGUGUUCCUGACCAUGCAGCUGGUCAUAUGUGUUUUUGCCGUCACGGAUGAGAGGAGGAACGGUCGCUUGGGCUCUGCUGCCCUCUCCAUCGGCUUUGCAGUCACCGUCGGACACCUCAUGGGGAUGUACUACACCGGCGCUGGGAUGAACCCCGCUAGGUCUUUCGCCCCCGCUGUGCUCUUCAGGAACUUUGUCAACCACUGGGUGUACUGGGUAGGUCCAAUGAUAGGAGGUGCUAUGGGAGCACUUCUCUAUGAUUUCAUGCUGUUCCCCCGCAUGCGCGGUCUGUCAGAGCGCCUGGCCACUCUUAAGGGCAGCCGACCCCCCGAGACGGAGACCCAACAGGACACCCGAGGUGAUCCCAUCGAGCUCAAGACGCAAGCCCUAUAAACCUGCCUCCAACUGGGGGAUAAAGGACAAGGGACAGGCCCUGUGUCCGCCAACCCUUAAGCUGCCCCCAUCCAAUCAACACACACACACACUAACAGACACAAACUCAUAUCGAAACACACUGACUGACAUUCAGCUACUGAUACACAAAACUUUACACACAUCCAUACACACACACAGGUUCACAACAUUCAACCUCAACGUGCAUCGAGACUCCUCCCCCUCCUGCCUCUCUUUGCAUCCUGGGACGUGGUGUUUGAUGGAGCGACCAGGCCUGUUCCAACAGUCCCAAUUCUUCUCUUCAGCCACAUCAAGACUUCCUCUCACACUCACACAUGGAAGGACCAAAGCUGUCAGAAGAGAAGCAUAUGGACCUUUUGUCUAACAGGGAAAUAAACUAGGGUGGGGGGGGGCAAGUGUGAGAGGUCUGAGGGUGAGGUGUAGGUGGGGGACAGAGGUAUGGGUGGGGUAAAAGGUAAGGGCAGGUAAGGGUUUAGGAUGGAAGGUUGGGAUGGAGAUUGGGUAAAGGGGUUGGGGUGAGGAUAGAGGGCCUAUGCUCCAGGUUUUUUGUUGUAUAGGGUUGAGUUAGACCACUGAAAAUGGGCAUACCUUUUCAUUAUUCAUCUGAUUUUAUCUCUCCAUUUACUUUUCAUUUUGUUUUCUGCACUUCAGACACAAGACUUGGAUGUAUGACAGCAUUAGAUUUUACCAAGGUUUCAUUUUUCGAAUCACUUCAUUUUAUCUUUGUGUGUGUGCGUGAGUGUGUGUGAGUGCUUCCACAGUACGUGCGUGAGAGUGUGUGAGUGAGAUUGAGUGCGUGCAUGCUCGUGCCUGUUUGUGUGUGGGUGCGUUUGCCAGUGAGUGCCUGUGUGUGAGCGUGUCUGUAUGUGAAUGUGUGUGUGAUUGAGUUCGCAGAUACAGUAAUUUUUAUUUUGUUUUAUUUUCAUUACCACUCUCCUGUUUGUAUCAUGAUUAUGUUCUAUUACGUUAUCAAUUUUUAAGACAUUAUCAAUUCUCCUCCCCUCACUGUGGUAUUUGCUAUGAUAUUCAUUUUUACACAUCCAUCUGCUUUUUUGUUCAGAAAAAAAGAAAAUAUGCUAAGGAAACGUUGUAUCUGGACUGGUUCAGUUCAGCACAGAAUGGCUGUGUAAGCUUUUCAUUUGGUCUCCUUUUAUUAUUUAAUACUUAAUGGGAGCACACGGCAAUUUAACCAUAUUUAAAUGAAAAUAAAUACAAAAAGUAA